GCCUGCACCAAACCCUGAGAAGAGGGACUCAAGCACCGAAAACAUGCCCAUUUUGAAGCAGCUGGUGUCAAAUUCUGCAAGCUCCAAACGUCGCUCCCGGGUGGAUCUGACAGCGGAGAUGAUCAGCGCUCCCUUGGGUGAUUUUCGUCAUACCAUGCAUGUGGGCCGGGCUGGUGACGCCUUUGGUGACACCUCCUUUCUCAACAGCAAGGGCGGAGAGGGUGAACAGGAGACUGCUGAGGAGACCAGUUCCUCAUCCAAGCCCAGUCUGUUGUCACGGAAGUUCCGCAGUAGCAAGCGAUCUCAGUCUGUGACGCGUGGUGAACGGCGGGACAUGCUGGGCUCUCUGAGGGACUCUGCUAUUUUUGUGAAGAAUGCAGUUUCUCUUCCUCAGCUCACCGAAAAGGAAGCAGACAAGAGUGGUGGGAAACAGCUGCCCAAGAGCCUCUCCUCCAGCCCUGUCAAGAAAGCACCUGAGGAGAAGAGUCCUGAAGAGAGACACAUGAACGGUGCUGCUGCCGCCCCCAGCUCUGGAUCCCAGAGUCCUGGUUUGGAAGAGCGGGACUUUGGUGACAUAACUGACUUGCCUCUAGUGUUGCACAAGAACAGCUAUGGCCUGAAGCACGCAGAAUCCAUCAUGUCGUUCCAUAUUGACCUUGGGCCCUCUAUGCUGGGUGAUGUCUUGAGCAUAAUGGAUAAGGAUUCGUGGGAGCAAGAGGAUUCUGGUUACCAAGGGGUAGAGGAGCCCCAAAGACAUGCAGGCCUUGUGGAGGCAUCAGCAGCACACUGGCUUAGCCAGGAAAGCAAACUGGUACAAGAUUCCUUGGCUCAUUGUGAUGAAAACAGGGCAGCGACGUACAGUCCUUGCUCGGCCCGCAGCACUACAAGUCGUCUGACUAUGGACAGCAGUUCGGUUUCCAGCUGUGCUUCUGUGGGGGAAGAACAGCGUAGCUUUGCCUCCAAAGGACAAAACCAUGGCAUUCCAGAGGAUGUGGGGCAUGAGGCUUCUAAACAGCCAGAUAAGGAAUUCUCCUUCAUGGAUGAAGAAGAUGACGAAAUAAGAGUAUAAGGAAAGUUGAUUGGAGGUUUUUAACUUUGAAAAGGAAUAACUUGCAAAUGAUUUUGCAAUAAAUGACACCUUUCUCUACAAUGCCUUCAAUGAAAUAAAAUCCUUUGCCAGUCUGCACCUUAAUUCCCUUAAGCAGGCUGAUGGAGAA